UCAAAAGUAUUUCCUUCAAAAAAUUUAUUUUUUCAGUUACUCCGCCUUGUAGGCCCCCAAUUAGCAGUGCCUUUACUUCUCUAUAUUUAUUUGUUAUUUGGUGUUUUCUGUUAUCGUUUAAUUGAUGGAGAAUUGAAAGACAUGCCUUUCACCGAAUUAUUUUUAUUUUGUUUCGGAACACUAACAACUAUUGGCUAUGGAAAUAUCAAACCUUCAACGUCAAUUUCUUUACUUUUUACAAUGAUAUAUGCCCCUUUAGGCAUUCCUUUGUGUAUGUUGACUUUGGCUAAUAUGGGGAAGCAUAUUACUAAAGCUUAUAAUUCUUUAACUUUAUCAUUGAGGAAUAAAAAAUUUCUCUCACACUCAAUUGGACAAAACAAAAGAUUGCCUUUAAUCGCAACAAUAACACUCUUUAUUUUAUCCCUAUGUGGAUCAGCAGCAUUAUUAUCUACAGAAGAAACGCCUCUCUUCCAUACAGACCAUCUAUAUUUUGCUGUUGUUAGUUUUACAACUCUAGGUUUCGGUGACUUGUACCCGAACACGGAAGGCAAUAUAUUCCGAUUAAUUGGGAUCAUUUGUCUUCUUAGUGUGGGCAUUAUAGCGAUGGGAGUUUGGUUUCAAUUAGUUUGGUUCGGUCAUAAACAAAUGAGACUCUCAAAUGUUUUAGAAGUUGUUGCUCGCGAGUUUAAUGCAUCACCAAUGCAAAUACAUCAAGUGUUGAAUGACUUGGAUUUUCUUAUAUCUGAUGCGAAAGCUAAUGAUGCGUCAGAAAUAAAUUAAUUUGAUUGCAACUGUGAUUUGGACAUAAUAAUAGGAUAACAAGUUGAGACUUUCCGGUUUUAUCAAAACUCCCGAUUAAGUUUACGCUCAUUAG